UCUCAGCGCUAAGCGGUGAGUUCUUAUAUGGACUCUGUGCGGUUUAGGUAUUAGUAAGCUUCAGUGGUACAGUGACACCAGUAGAGAACCUGGACUCUUUAUAUAUUUUAUGCGUAGCAUAAAUCUGAAUUGAGAAAACAUGAACCUGGAAAAGUUAAGGAAACGGGUUCGGCAAUAUAUUGAUCAGCACCAGUACCAUAGUGCAUUAUUUUGGGCAGAUAAGGUGGCUUCAAUCUCACAUGAGGAUCCUAAUGACAUUUACUGGCUGGCCCAAUGCCUUUAUCUAACAGCCCAGUACCACAGGGCAGCUCACUGUCUUCGCUCCAGGAAGCUGGAUAAGCUUCAUGGAGCAUGCCAAUAUCUUGCGGCUAAAUGUCAUUAUGCUGCAAAAGAGUACCAGCAAGCACUUGACAUCCUUGAUAUGGAGGAACCUAUUAACAAGAGGCUGUUUGACAAAAGCUUGAAAGACGACAAUGGAGUGAGAGAGUCAUCUAAUGACUGGGGAAUGUCACAGUCAUCGACCAAGAGCUGCAUUUACCUUUUGAGGGGGAAGAUCUAUGAUGCCAUGGAUAACAGAGCUCUAGCAACGUACAACUACAAAGAGGCAUUGAAGUUUGAUGUGUACUGCUUUGAAGCAUUUGACCUGUUAACUUCACACCACAUGUUGACAGCACAAGAAGAAAAAGACCUGCUUGAAUCUUUGCCUUACAGUAAACAGUGUGCAGAAGAAGAGCGGGAUUUGCUUCACUUCUUAUAUGAAAACAAGCUGAAGAAGUAUAACAAGCCAAGUGAAACACUAGUUCCUGAAUCAGUUGAUGGUCUUCAGAACAACUUGGAUGUGGUUGUAUCUAUUGCAGAAAGACAUUAUUACAAUUGUGACUUUAAGAUGUGUUACAAGCUUACCUCCAUGAUAAUGGACAAAGAUCCCUUCCAUGCAAGCUGCUUACCUGUUCACAUUGGAACUCUAGUGGAGCUAAACAAGGCUAAUGAAUUGUUCUAUCUUUCCCAUAAACUGGUUGAUUUGUACCCUUGCAGUCCUGUAUCUUGGUUUGCAGUGGGAUGCUACUACUUAAUGGUUGGCCAUAAAAAUGAACACGCCCGUAGAUAUCUGAGCAAAGCCACUACACUGGAACGAACAUAUGGUCCAGCUUGGAUUGCUUAUGGUCACUCAUUUGCUGUUGAAAGUGAACAUGACCAAGCUAUGGCAGCAUACUUUACAGCAGCUCAGCUAAUGAAAGGAUGCCACUUACCAAUGUUGUAUAUUGGACUGGAGUAUGGCUUGACUAAUAACUCAAAAUUAGCUGAAAGAUUUUUUAGCCAGGCCUUGAGCAUUGCACCAGAGGACCCUUUUGUAAUGCACGAAGUUGGUGUGGUAGCAUUUCAGAAUGGCGAUUGGAAGACUGCAGAAAAAUGGUUCUUGGAUACUUUGGAGAAGAUCAAAGCUAUUGGAAAUGAGGUAACUGUAGAUAAAUGGGAGCCGUUAUUGAACAACCUGGGACAUGUGUGCAGGAAACUAAAGAAGUAUGAAGACGCCUUGGAAUACCAUCGUCAGGCACUAGUGCUGAUACCUCAGAAUGCUUCAACUUACUCUGCUAUAGGAUAUGUGCACAGUCUUAUGGGCAAUUUUGAGAGUGCUAUUGACUAUUUCCAUACAGCUCUUGGACUAAGAAGAGAUGAUACAUUUUCAGUUACUAUGCUUGGACACUGUAUUGAAAUGUACAUUGGAGAUGCUGAGGCUUACAUUGGGGCAGAUAUAAAAGACAAACUGGGAUGCUAUGACUUUGAUGUGAAUAGCAUGAAAGCACUGAAGAAUAUUAUUUCCCCAGCUUGGGAUGUAAAGAACUUUGAGCUGGAAAGACAGCAUCUGGAAGAGAGUGGUGUAAUUGCAUUAGAAAAUUCGCCACACCCAGAGAAAUCAGAAGAAACUGAACCUUCAGUAGGUGAAACCUUUGAAAUCGAAAUGAACGAAAGUGAUAUGAUGUUAGAAACAACUAUGUCAGACCAUAGUACAUGACGAACCAGAGAAUGGUGCUGUUCUUCAGAUUUUGCCUGAAUGUGAAACAAUCCUUUUAUUUGCCACUGUGCCAUCUCAGAUGUCCUAAUCUGAAUCCUCACUUCUGUGAAUCGUAGAGGAUUCCUUUCAUGUGAUAACAGAAGAUAUGCUACUGUUCUGGAGGACAAAUUUGGUUGACAUUUGCCUGGAACUGGGUACUGCUUUAAUGAAACAGCAGUUGUUUGUGCAUUGCUGUUACUAUAAUAUAAGAAUGUUAAUUAUACUUUUUUAUACUUAUACUGUGCUCUGAGUAAAGACAUUUAUAGGUUUUUGAUUAUAAACUAAAAAAAAAACACACUCUCACUUGUGGGAUUGUACUGUCAAAUACAAUUUACAGAGAACCAAUUCUGCUUCACUUCAGUUAGUACUCAUAUUUCCCUUCUACAGGUGGGAAUUGACAUUCAGUAGUCUUACCUGACAGAGCAAGCUUUUUGUCUGAAACAUUCCCAUGGUAUGAUAAGUUGUGGGAUCUAAAAAAAGUCAACUGAGAGCAGCAUCUUUGAUCUGUAAUGAUAAAAGCAUUUAAAAAUAUGUUCUACCUGUGCACUUCUACGUAUUUUACCUUUGUGUCAGAAUAUUGAAUGAAAACAAAAUACUUGUAUUAUAAUUAUGUUUGCAUCACUGACAAUUUGUUACAGAAGAACCAGUAUCUCUCCUCUUGGGAGAGGAUAAAGUCAUUUGAGAAAACACAUUUUAAUGUUAGAACAGUGUGUACUUUUAUACUGUAGCAAUUGUUCCCAUUCCAUCUUUCAAAUGUUGCAGAAUUCAGCAAAUGCACAGUUUGUGUGGCUGCUGUAUUUGUUAUCUCUGUUCAGAAUUUUUUUUUUACAGCUUGUAACAGUUGCAGUGCAUUCAGCCACAAUGCAAUAAACGGUGCUAUUUUUUAAGUUAAUGCUGAAGUGGGUAUAAACCUCUGCUUGUAUAUUUAAGAUCUUCUGGUCAAAAAACAAGGGGGUAAAUUGUUGAAUGUAGCACAAAACCCGGCUUAGACAGUGUUCUUAAGUCUGACUUUGCAUGGCUUACCUCAGAUUCAUAAAAUCAUGCAACUUGAAAAUAUUUUCAUUAAUGUUUUUGGGGUAAAUAAAUAAUUUUAAUAAAAUCCAUAGUUCUGCUGAAACCGA